CUGCUGCUGCUCAGUAGGUCGUUCAGCAGCAAGAGGAGCACUUCGAGCUCCUUGUACCUUUUCGCACAGAAGUCUCCGCGCAGCUCUCCAGUCUCCAGAGGAGUUUUCCGGACUGAAUAUUUUUCUGGUGGAAUCUGCGUCUUUAUUUAGACCUGUAAUUUACCUCAAAGAGGAAUCUUGUGUAUGUUUACGCACUUUAAGUUGGUUGGCCGCGCGUUUCCAGAAGUCCUGGGUGUGCAUGCGGAGAGCAGAAGAAGGUGGGGGUUGAAAAAGGGAGUCUUUGGACGGGAUAGAUGUAGCAGAGAGGUUCGGGUCGCUCAGCGGGCGAGACUGCCGUGUUUUCGUGGCAACGUUGUGCUGCUGGAAUUCUGCAAUGAGGAGCGUGUGUUUUAAAGCCCGCAGCAAGUCAAAUACCGAAGUCAGUGCCAUGGUUUUACUCACUUCCAGUUUGUAAAAAGGAAGAUCUGUGUGCACUGCAAGUGUCGGCGUGAGGAGCAUGCAGUGACAGCCAUGCCUGUAGAGAUGGAGAAGACUGUCACCAAGCUGAUGUACGACUUCCAAAGGAACUCGACCUCAGAUGACGACUCAGGCUGUGCCCUGGAGGAGUACGCCUGGGUACCACCAGGACUUAAACCUGAACAGGUUCAUCAGUACUACAGCUCCCUGCCUGAGGACAAGGUGCCCUAUGUGAACAGCCCAGGAGAGAAAUACCGUAUCAAACAGCUGCUCCAUCAGCUACCGCCUCAUGACAAUGAGGUACGGUAUUGUAACAGUCUGGAUGACGAGGAGAAGCGAGAACUAAAGCUCUUCAGCAACCAGAGGAAACGGGAAAACCUAGGUCGCGGCAAUGUCCGUCCAUUCCCUGUGACAAUGACGGGAGCCAUCUGCGAGCAGUGCGGAGGCCAGAUUAAUGGUGGCGACAUUGCUCUGUUUGCAUCACGGGCGGGUCACAGCAUGUGUUGGCACCCUGCCUGCUUCGUGUGCAGCAUGUGCAACGAGCUUCUGGUGGACCUCAUCUACUUCUACCAAGAUGGGAAGAUCUACUGCGGCCGGCACCAUGCAGAGAGGCUAAAGCCACGCUGUACCGCCUGCGAUGAGAUCAUCUUUGCAGAUGAGUGCACCGAGGCAGAGGGCCAGCACUGGCACAUGAAGCACUUCUGUUGUUUUGAAUGUGAGACGGUGCUGGGGGGCCAGCGCUACAUCAUGAAGGAGGGUCGGCCUUACUGCUGCUCCUGCUUCGAAUCCCUCUAUGCUGAAUACUGCGACUCCUGUGGAGAGCAUAUUGGCAUUGAUCAAGGCCAGAUGACGUAUGACGGGCAGCACUGGCACGCCACGGAGGGCUGCUUCUGCUGUGCCCGGUGUAAACGCUCCCUGUUGGGCCGGCCUUUCCUGCCCAAGCAGGGUCAAAUCUUCUGCUCACGCUCCUGCAGUCUCGGGGAGGAGCCCAAUGGCUCUGACUCCUCUGAUUCGGCCUUCCAAAGCGCCCGCUCCACCAGAGAGUCUAGACGUAGCUCCAAGAUGGCAAAGAGCGGCUGUGGAGCAGGUGGGUUGCAGACUCAGAGGUAUUCAGGGGAGGUGGACCCUCUGUCUUUACAAAUGGAUCUUCUAAGUCUCUCUAGCCAGACGCCUAGUUUGACUCGCGAACCGCCUUCCUGGCAGAACCAAGAGCAAGCAGGAGAUGGUUAUGAAUCACAAUCCGACCCAAGGGCCAAUCCCACUCCUCUGCAGCUCCUCAGCCAGUGCAAUGUGAGGAGUACCUAUAAUUCCUCCUGCUCCUCCAAUCAGCAGCAUGAUCACAGGAUCAAGCAGAAUGGAGGUUUGAAGCGACCUCCAGUCUCAGCCCUGAAGGGCCACUCUCUGAAUGAGACCUGGUUCCAGCAGGCAGUUCCGGAGGAGUAUUAUCCACCCAAACUGAGGACCCAAAAGAGCUUCACCGAGGUGUCCCAUUGCUCUCAGCACAACGGUUUCUCCUCGGAUAAGCGCUCGAUCAGUUUGCAUGGCUUUCAGAGGGUUAGAGAUGCAGGGCCUCCAACAAGUGCCCAGGUGGCAAGAAGCAGGAACCCCAUUAAUGCACUUAACUUCACAGAACAGCUGACCCCACUAGAGCAGACCCCAAGAGGAUCCAUGGAGUCCUUGGCUCUAUCAAAUGCUACAGGAAACUCAGCAGAUGGUGGAGGAAAGCAUCAGGAGCACCUCUCUCGUUUCUCCAUGCCAGACCUGAGCAAAGACUCUGGAAUGAACAUGUCCGAGAAAAGUAACAUGGACACACUCAACUCUUCUGUGCAGUUUCGUAGCUCUGAGUCUAUUCACAGUCUUAGCGCCAGCCAGUCCUACGUGGAAACGAAACCCCCCAGGUCUUCUCAGUACCAGGUGCAGUAUUGUGACCCUCCUGGCAUGGGUAUGGGCAUGCCUCAUUUGGCACCUGGCUUCACCUACCAAGAGGAGGAUAGGAUUAGUCUAGUAAGCAGUGCUAACGCUGCACGUCUGCCACCCAUUAGUGAGCGCAGUGUGGGUGGUGUUGGAGCAAGAGGAGCAAAUAUCAGAAUAGAUGCUCCAGAAGAGACUCCACAGAGACGGCGACACCACCAUCACCGCGCCCGAAGAUCUCGUCGAUCUCGUUCAGAAAACGCUCUGAACUUGGUGUCAGAGCGAAGGGUAAGACCCCAAGACAGACCGCAGCUGCGUGUCAGAGAGGAUUAUGACCGCUUCCCACCCCCAAGGAGUGCCAGGGAUCAGUUUGGAGUUGGAGGAGGGGGUAGAUACCAACCCCAGUUCUUCAGGCAAUGCCCAAGGACCACAUCAGACCUGACUCUGCAGAACCCCGGGGCCAGCAGACGCACCGGGUUGAGCCAGUACUCCUGGGACGAUUAUGACGAUGACUGGUGCUCCACCUGCUCUUCAUCCUCAGAAUCAGAGGAUGAGGGUUACUUCCUGGGUGAGCCAAUCCCCAGGCCCAUCCAGCUGCGCUACAUCAACAACCAGGAGCUGGUUCAUAAGUACAACAACACAGGGAUGGGAGGACCUAACCGCAGCGGGCAGUUGCAUACCCGCAAACGCAGAAAAAGCAAGAACUGUAUUAUCUCUUAACACCUAGACAGCGAGUUACAUUAAGUUCAGCUUGUGUACACUAACAUCCCCACCUUGAACAAAAGAACAUUGCAGUGUUGUUGAGUGUUGAUAAUCAUGUAGUUAAGUCAGUGAUGAAUUGCCGUCAGUAGACCAUAAAAAAUUAAAAGACAAGUGUUUGCAUGUUUCCUCAUUUUAAUGUUUUACAGUAGCUCCUAAACGUCAGAGCUAACAGGUACGUGAGCGCUUCUAUCAACAACCUUUGUCCAAAGUUGAUGAGCAAUUUGUUUUUGUCUGAACUUCAUUUAGACACAGCAAACAAGUGUACAGAAUAAUCUGUUUGGUACAGUUUUACAUGCAAUGUGAUUUAGUUAUAUGAUGUCCUGUACGACUUAAUUCAGCUCAUAUGUACAUAGAUAAAUGAAUUAAUAAUUUCACUUAAGUUAAAGAAGUUGGUGUAAAUACAGUUGUAAAUGAGGCCUCGCAUAUUUUUAUAUUUUGUAUGGAUAGAAUCAUUUAUGUAUGAAAUAACUAUAAUCUAGAGAUAGAACAUAAAAACAAACAACAAAAAAAAGCUUAUGCAUGUGUUAUUUGGCUGACCUGGUGCUGCAUUUGGAAUAAAGGAGUACUUCACUGA